UGUCAAAUGGGAUAUUAUGAUAUGAAUAUUUCGAAUUGUAUUUAUUUCCUUUCUUUUCUUUAUUAUAAUCUCACUUACCGUGGAUAGUAAUAAUACGCUAAUAUGUAAAGUUUUUGGCGUACGCAGUCAUCCUUUUCUAAGUUUUUUAGUGUAACAUAUAAAGCUUAAUAGAACAACAAAACAAGUCUUCAACGGGUUGUACUUUGUACACUGUCGACUCUAGAUUUUGUUGGAUAUAAAAGAGUUUACACUGUGGAGCCUCUGAAACUCUGAAAGCGGAAGUUGUGGAUAGCAUGUUGUACUUGCACCAAGUACAACAAUGUCACUACCAUCUAAAAUUAACAAGGAAAACUUUCGCCUGCUGGACCUCUCAAGUGACGAGGAGUCUGAAGACUUGCAGCUAGAAAUAAUUCCUAGCAGAAAAAAGAAAAUCACAAGACGAGAACGCAGCAGAGGCACCCCUAAAACACCAGAGCCCAACAUAGGAGCAGAGGUCCGAUGUGCGCUCCGCUGGGCUCUCCGUGGCACACUAUUACUCUGGCUGCUCAUACUGACAUGGAUCUGUGCCGCACUCUACGACCAAGUGUCUAAUAUGAGAGCAGCUGUUGACCAUGUAUCAACAACAAGCGGCGCCGUCGGCGACGCGCUCCAAGUAUGCCACACAGCGUCCAGAGAGCUCCGAGGAAAUGCGAGCAUACUCAGCGCUCGACUGGAUAAGCUGGCAAUAGAACAUGCAGAACUCGUGAAGCGAGUGGAGCAGACUGCCAGCGAGCUCGCGGCGGUGUCGGGUCAGCUGGCCGCCGCGCCCAAGCUCGCCGACACGCCGCGCCGGAUCGCCGAGCUGCAGCAGACCGUCGGCUCGUUCGGAUCACAGAUCACGGGUUUCGACGAAACGUUAGCGUCGACGCGAAAGCAAGCGUUAGCUGCUUCCGCGGGCGUGGAAGAGGUCAAGAAGCUAGUCCAAGCGCUGGACGCACGGAGCAACGAAACCAUAGCCAAUGUCACCGCCAACGGGAGGAGGGAGGACGAGAUCAAGCAGGAGAUAGCCACGCUCAAUUCCACACUGGCGGAACGCGUGGAUGCGUUAGAGAAUAAGAUACAACUGUACACUAAAACGACGAGCACGGCGGCACCGACCACCACCAGUACGUCGACAACCACUACCACCACAGCUGCCCCGCCAGGUCCCGUAAAACCAAUUGUCCUAGGCGUCGGGCAAUGAGGGAACAAAUCACAUCUGAACUCAAAACUAGAGUAAAGUAUUACACGAAGCGUAAAGAGAUUGCUCAUAAUGAUCUCAAGGGAUCUUACGUCCACACAAAUAUACUGUAGAGUCAGAGACGUGGUAAUGGAAACCCUCCUGUUGUACGUAAGAGAUCUCCAGCUGUCAAUAUUUUUAUGACAAAGAGAUUUAAAGAUAGAAGGAACGGCUUGCCAUAUGGGUAUUUUGGUUAGGGGGGGCCUAAAGCCUAGUAUUCACUAGCGCAUAGAUGGAAAUCUUCGGUAGUAAAUAACCUCCAGAUAUGCUGCUCACCGAACUAAUCUAAUGAUUCAAAGGAUUCGCGUAGUAUGGUUACUAGCAUAUAUAUCGGAGCGGACAACGUCCAUAAAAUCUAAAGUCGCUGCUUUUGCCAAAUCUUUGAUGUGUCAUUUUUAAUUUUCGACUGUCGUUUGUUGACAAACGAUUGUCCACUUGGCCCCCGUUAUAUCUGUUAGCGAUUGUACGUAGCCACAGAUUAUUCGAAUAAGUGAAUACACAGCUUGCGGUGAUACGGCUGUACGUUUGCAUUUUUAGGUACAGAUCAAUUCACAGCUAGCAUGAAUGGAACGAAUGAUUGAAUGCAAAUAUCUAUGUGGGUAAGAGUGGCCUUCCGCCUGUCCAAUUUCUUGGUCCAACGAGUAUUGCGUCUCACUCUCUUAUUAAGCAAAAUGUGAGACGUAAAUACACAUUAGACCAAGAAAUUGAACAGGUGGAAUACCUCCCUAUGACAUUAAUCAAUAAAAUGGCGGCUCUGACCGAUACAUGAAAGUUUCGUUCAUUCCAUUCGGGCCAGCUUUUUCAUGAAACGACCUGUACACAGUGAUAUUUUUACUGGCCAUCGGUGGACUUUAUCUCUUUGUAAUACGGUUUACGGAUGGUCACUUACUUCUGUCGAAGAUUGUAUGAUUAGAAAGAAACGCGACAUACAAAGUGUCUGCGAUUAGUCGCCAAAUGAUUCUAUAGUAUUUAUUGUCUAGUGUGAAUUUCUAAUUUUAUAUAGGUAAUACCGUUGUGUAGAUAAUGGAAUAAGACACAUAGAAAGUGGUAAAAAUAUCAAAGGUGCAGUUGGCAGCUGAACUAAAUGGCACUUCAAGGCCCUAUAUACGAGUAUACUGAGCAUAGAUAUUUUGUACCACUUUACAGGAACAAUUCCUUUGUACAAAUAAUGUGCAGAUAAUUAUUUUAUGUUUCUCGCUUAUACCUUUAAAGUAGUGUCAAUGUUUCUUUGUCGCACCUAAAAGAUGUCGCAGGCACUUGGUGUGUUGUCGCUUUGUCUUAAAUUGUAAAGUAAAUAUAUCAAGAGUUUAUUCUUGUUAUAUCUACCUUGGGUUCCCUCUAUGAGUAUGGUAUUAAAUUUACUUCAAUAUUUCAUUAUUUUUAAGUCAUUAUUUACAUUCUGUUAGUACAGAUAAAUUUAAAAGAGGAAAAAUUACUGUCUUGGGUGAGACUUGAACUCACGGUCUCUGGAUCGAUACUCCAGCGCUCUGCCAUCUGAGCCACCAAGACCUCAUCCAUAGGCAGCAAAUUUUCCACCUUAUACAGAUAAAUUCACGAAAACUGUGUAAUGUAAUGUUAUCAUGACUGACUCGUGUCAAAUGCGUGAUUGAAAAAAAACUAUCACCAUACUUUAAGAAAUUAAUUAUACCUAUCAAUAAAAUUUGUCAGAUAAUUCUUACAUUAGUCACACUCAGGUUGUUGAUAUGUCCAAGUGUUGUUCUCAAAGUGAUUAAUAAUUACCCAGUAAUUCGUGAAUUUAUUUACUUGUGGACCAUAGGUGCUCCAUAGCAGAUUUAGAGGGCUUAAAGCUUCUACUGAGUUUUAGGUUUUUCAAAAUGUAUUUAUUUAUUAUUAUCGCCACUUUAAAUUCAUUCCCUCCUUGUACGGUAUAAGCUGCAAUAAUGGCGAAGAGUGAGAACGAUACCAAUGUAAAUAGUUUACAAUAAUUAAAAAUUAAUUUAAUUAUAAAUAACUUUAUAUGAGCACAUGAGUAAAGAAACGAAACCGGAGUGACAGCUUCAUAAAACGGUGUUGUUUUUACAAGCUUUUAUUUACUUUCACCUGACCAUUGUCUGUUUGUAAUCAAAUCUUGCAAGUUAAAUUUGAUCCUCUUCCCGGUUUCCGAUCGAGCUGAAAAUUUGCAUACAUAUGUAUGUCGGGUGACAAUGCAAUAUUAUAGUACCAUCGAGCUGAUCUGAUGAUGGAGACAAGAGGUGGACAUGGGAACUCUGUGAUAAAAUAAGGCAACCUAAUUGUGUUUGGGGUUUUUAGAAUUUGCUCGAUGAGUAUUAGUUGCAUGUGGAAAGAAAAGUACAGUCAGCGAUAAAAGCUUGUACCAAAAAUGAAAUGUUUGCCAAAAACUUAUUUAUUACAUUGCUACCAGCGCGCACCUCAUUCAAUGGUUGUCUUUGUUCUAGGGACAACCGUGUAAGUGGUUGUACUGGUUAUGUAAGCAACAUUGCAUAAUGCUGUUACUCUGUCGCAUUUGUUUACUCGUGUGAUAUGAGCGUAGAGAUAUAUACAGUGUGGUCGCACUCGGUGUUACGUGGUUUUCAAUAAGUGCGUGAGUUUUAUUACUUGUAAUAAAUUAUUGUUAAUAGAUCAAUUAUUACACAA